AUGGAUCCACAAAGUGUCACGGUGGCUGAUGGGACUGACUCUGCUCCUGCAAAUGGUGGUUUAACAAUGGAAAACGUUGAUGUCAAAGGAAAUGGUGCUGCUUCUGACGAAGCCUUGGAUACUACUUCAGAAAGUCAGAAUGAGAACUCUGGAAACAGUUCCACUUUGGAUGGAAUUGAACAUCCCAAGGAGGAAGCUGAGGUCACACAAGUUGAAAAUGUAGAUGAGCCAAAGAAUAUCAAAGGCCAAAAGGCUCAAGCGGCUCAACGGAAGCUAAAGACUGAGAAACUCGCAGGUGGUAAGAAUGUUCCAUCGGUUCAUAUUAAAAAGAAGAAAGAGGAGAAAAGUGGAGUUGCUAAAGUGGCAGCAUCGAAUGGUUCCGUUGCUCCUAAUGCACACACAGCAAAGUCUCUUAAGAGCACAUCGUUCAAUGGUAGAGAGGCUCAACUCACGGAGCAUGGAAAGCAAGACCCUGCACCAGCUGAAAGCGACUCCGGGGACAAGGUGAAACCAAAGCCUCUAAAGAAACAAGCCCAGGAGACAUCUGAAGAUGAUACUCAGUCGUCUAAUAGCCCGAAUGCAGAGGAUGGCAAACCUCGUAAAGUUGGUGCACUUCCAAAUUACGGGUUCAGUUUCAAAUGUGACCAACGGGCUGAAAAGAGAAGAGAGUUCUAUGUUAAGCUUGAGGAGAAGACUCAUGCGAAAGAAGAGGAAAUCAACAACAUGCAAGCCAAGUCCAAGGAAACGCAAGAAGCUGAGCUUAGGAAGCUAAGGAAAAGCUUGAACUUCAAAGCCACACCCAUGCCUAGCUUUUAUCAAGAACCUCAGCCACCUAAAACAGAGUUAAAGAAGAUACCACCAACAAGAGCCAAAUCUCCAAAACUCGGGCGAAAGAAGACUGAUUCUGAAGAAACUCAAACCCCUCGCCUCGGUAGGCUGAGCCUAGAUGAGAAAGUCUCUAAAGAUAACUCAACUGCUAAGGGAAUUACGCCAGCAGUUGAUCUCAAGAAGCAACCGGUGCGCAAGUCACUUCCAAGAUUGCCAUCUCAGAAAACAGCUCUCCCCGACGGAAAACUCGCCCCCGCCCCAGCAAAAUCUGCCACAGCCUCGGCGAAGGUUAAACCUGAAAGAAAGAAACUCGAGAAAGAUGCAGAGACCGUAAACCAGUCUUCACACCCCAUAGAAGAGGAAGCACAAGUGACUGUUACAUCCAAUGCUGAUGCAGAAGAUUCGCAUGAGACUGUAUCUCCAAGGGUGGAUGAAGACAGAGCCGAGUCUAUUGAGGUAUCUGAAGUGGUUGCUGUUGGGCAUUAA